CAUCAGCGUUCAGAGAGAGAAUAAGAGAACACAGGAACUCGUCCUAUCCCGCACGAGGGGAACCAACCAACUUUCCGUUUCCGUUUCCAGGUCCGGCGACAGCAAUAACAGCAUCGGCGAUUCGGCCAACACGAGAACAACCCAGCAUCUCUUGUGCGCAGUAGCACACCCAAUGACAACUAUGCAUUACCUUAAACUACAGGCACGCGUUAUCAUGCAAUGCACAUUGUUCCUUCACUAGUACUACGAAAAAGACAAGCCCUAUAAAACCCAGAUUAUAAUAGGCAACAGUUGCAGUUUCAGGGUUUCCCGCCAUGGAAGUCGACACAGAGAGCAACAUCCAAAGAAAACAAUCUAUCUAUCAAUCCAUGGAUGAGAGCUUUGAGAUACAAAAGGAAAUGUACAGGGGCCAGCAGUACAGCCAGAUAUACUUUGCUCGGCUCCACUUGAUGAGAACUCUCCUUUACUCUCUCGUUCCCAAUUGGAAGCCCCACUUGCCUGUCUGUACAGUUUUGGGACUGGAAGAAGGCAAGGAAUGCAUAAUUGUUGGAACCCUCUACAAGCACAUGAAGCUCAAACCUUCUAUUCUUGAUGAGUACUCUAAGGAGAUGAUAAAGUUUUUAUACUUUAUCGGUAAUAUGCAGAAAUCUGCUGGUCCACUUGUAAAACCUCAUAAUUUUAUACACCCAGAUGAUCAUUUGGUUUUGGAAGAUGAAAGUGGAAGAGUUAAACUUCGUGGGAAUGUGCUAUUACCUUCUGUGUAUGUAACAGGGCUAGUGGUUGCAUUGCAUGGGAAAGAAACUGGUGCUGGUGAUUUUUGGGUUGAAGAUAUCCUAGAAGCUGGCUUACCAAACCAAAUUGUGCUGCCACUUAAAUCAGGAGAAGACAAAUAUGUUGUUUUUGUAUCGGGGUUGAGUGUUGGGAACAGUGGUUCUAACCCUCUCCAGUUCCAGCUUCUUGUUGAUCACGUAACAGGGCAUCUAGGAGACGAAAUGGAGCAAAGUAUUGCAGCUCAAAUAGUUCAAGUAGUAAUUGCUGGGAAUUCUGUUGAAAUUCCUCUUGGACUCCUUAACGGUCAGAAUUUGGCUUCAAAGGAUCAGUCUAAAUUGUCUGAGCCAAUCAAAGAACUGGAUAUCUUGUUGACUCAGAUUGCAGCUGGUGUACCUUUAGAUAUAAUGCCAGGACCUAAUGACCCCGCAAAUUUCUCCUUACCACAGCAGCCUUUGCAUAGAUGCCUUUUCCCGGGGUCAUCAGCUUAUAACACUUUUAGGUCCUGUCCUAAUCCUCAUUCUUUCGAGCUUGAUAAUGUCAGAUUUCUUGGAACAUCGGGUCAGAACAUUGAUGAUCUUGAGAAAUAUUCCGAAGCAAAAGAUAAACUGGAAUUUAUGGAACGGACGUUGAGAUGGAGGCAUAUAUCGCCAACAGCACCGAACACCCUUGGGUGUUAUCCCUUCACUGAUAGGGAUCCUUUUUUCAUUGAGAGCUGCCCCCACGUUUACUUUAUCGGUAAUCAGGAUAAAUAUGCGACUCGCCUAAUAAAGGGAUCAGAAGGGCAGGUGGUAAGACUUAUAUGCAUUCCUAGAUUUGGUGAGACAGGAAUUGCCGUGGUGUUGAACAUGGGAAAUCUUGAAUGUCAUGCUCUCAGUUUUGGCACUGAAUUCAGCUCAUAACUAAAAGAUGCUUGCCUGGUGGGAUAUUGGCAGCUGCCUAAACAAGAAGUUGCAGUGUCAUACUAUAAAGUUUUUUCUUCACUUUAGGUUCGUUGUGAAUGGUGAAAACCUUUGAAGUUAAACCUGCAGGUGGUGUUGUUAACGUGCUUGUUUCUGGUACAAACUAUGAUCUUCCACUGAGAAAGCUAAAAAGAUGAAACUGUCAGAUGUCAAGCUGGAGUAAUGUUAGGCUUGCUUGUUUUGUUUUGUUUUGUUUUCCUUUUGCUUUGUUUAAUUGUAGGAUUCCUUAUUCAAGUGACUUUCCAUGUGUUAGUUAAUGUAGAAUUGUGAACAUUAUUUAACCCUGUAGUAUUGGCAAUUUGAUCCGUUUCUUCUUGUGUACUAUGCAAAAUAUGAGACUGUUGAAUUCA